AUCACUGCAGAGGAGCUUGACUCUCUGUCAUCCUAUAUGAGGGGGAGGCUCACACUGGACAAGGUGAACUCUGCUGUCAAUGACAUGGCAACAUAUGCAGAUGCUAAUGCCCAGCUUAUUGUAGCCCCCAAAAAGAAGUUGGUAGAAGAUACUUGGGAAAGGUCUCUAGAACUAAGAGACAUUGCAAUGACAGAAGCGGUAAAAGGAAAACAUUUUUUCCUUGAAACUGAUAUGAAAGGUCCAGGACUGAAGCUUGACAACACUGGAAAAGCAAUUCUGACCAUCCAUGAAGUGAGGGUGACAGAGGAGCUAGUUGCAUUUAGGCAGUGGGUUGAUGAACUGAAACACGAAAUGAUUCUUGCAAAUCGUCAGUUUGUUGCUCUCUCGACAGAGCGGAAGCCCAUUAUAUAUCAGAACUUGAGCGGAAAGUUCAGACUCUUCAAAUUGAAGCCACAACUUUUUCUGCACAUCUCACAUUAUUCCAGUUUUGUACCAAUUGAAUUAUGUCUUUGAGAAUGUAUUCUUCUUUUUUUUUUCCUUCUCAUUCUUUCUUUCUUCUUUUUCUCUUCAUUCACUAGGAAGAUUUCCAAAUGCACAUCACUAGAUGUCUGAUCAUGCAUUGAUUUAAUGCUGAUCUCUAGAAGUUAUGGUAUUUUAAUUAGACCAAGCUAUUUAUCUUGCAUCGUAUAUCUUGGGUCAUUAUUUUGUUCACGAUCAUGUUAGUGGAAGCUUCAUUUCGGUUAAAACACCUGA